GCACUUUGAAAGUAAAACCAUACAAAAAAGUUAAAUUUAAUAGAAGGCAGGGUGCGGUGUCCAAAAAAGUUGCAUCUUUGGCUACAGAAUUUCCAGUUGCGAGAUUACAUGGUACCACUAGCGCAGACCUCAACGACAUGUGGGAGAGAAAAUGUUGUGCCAUGAAAAAACAAGGCGACUCACAAUCUCCUCCACCAUAUGAGAAGCUCCGGGAAUCACUUCUUCAUGGGGAGAACAACGAUUAUGAUGGUUUGGAUAGUCCAAAGGAAAAGAAUGAAAAUGAUGACUAUGAUAGUGCAGAUCACGAUUUUGGGCCUUCUGCCUUUGACAUGCCAGAAAAUGCUGACAUGAACACCGAUGCAACUCCUUAUGGUGAAAAGCACGAUAAAUGUAGUCCAUUUUUUGACAGUGAAGCUCAUGAAGAUUCGAAUGCUCAUGCCAACCUUGAAGAUCUUUGUCGCUCCCACUUGGAUUCUCUUCUUGCUAGCCUUGCUGAAACUGAAAAGCAGAGUGAAUUGGCUGCACGGGUUUCAACGUGGAAACAGAGAAUUGAGCAGAACUUGGAGGAACAAGAAUCACAUCCCCCCUUUGACAUUCAUGAAUAUGGGGCUAGGGUUUUGUGCAAGUUAUCCCUGGAAGAAAAUGGUCAAAGCACCAAGUCUUUUUCUGAUGUUGUCACGGGUCAAGAGAAGCAUGAUAUUGCUCGAACAUUUUCUGCGCUUCUGCAAUUGGUAAACAACGGAGAUGUUGGUUUGGAAAGAGGUGGAAUACGUGAGUCCACUUGUUACACAGCUGCAAAUCCCUUCUAUGUCCGGCUCCUUAGGAAUGAUAAUGGUAGGGAGAAAAUGCAGAUUCGGUCAUCAAGAAAGAGAGCAAAAUCUCCAAUACCCAAUCAGGGCUUUAGAAAGGAAAAAAACAAAGGUAAAGAAGUUCAGGCUGCUUUCAGUUCAUCACCUUCAGAACCCAACUCAGGUUACCGAUUUGCCCUGAAGCUGGGAAAGGUUAAUGGAACUCGUUGUACGCCUGAAGGUAAGAAAAGAAGGAAAUCCAGAUUAGUCGUACCACCAGAUAUACAUACUGCAUUGUGAUAUACAUUUUGCUCUAGUUUUCAAGUAAGCCUCUCCUCUCUCGCUAUUCGGUCUCACUGUGCCCGUUGUAUGUGAGAGACUCAAGGCAGUAAUUCUGUUUGAGUGUAGUAAGACAGAAGAUUAACCCCACCAUGACCACUGUAAUUCUUAUCACAAACCAACAACCUGUUGGCUGCAGAAAUUUGUAAGAUGUGUUUAUUCUUAACUUAAUUAGGACUUACUUGUAGUACUUAGCAAGGAGGAUGUAACAAUAUUUUGACAUAUGCAGAGCUUACUCUUCAUUAGUCUCUCUACAGACAAACAUGUUAAUAAAUGACUGCCCUUAAUGUUUCAAGUGUAUA